AUGGCUGUGGAGGCAGCCGUGGAGGCAGGAGCUGGUGAUCUGGACUACCUGCAGGGAUGGCGAGCAGCCGACGCGAUCGAGGGUUACACCAAGCUCUUCUUCAACCACGGUGGCACAUGUGCUCAAGCAUUUAUCGUUCGUGCCGUGGCUUCGGGAUUCAUGCUGUGCGUGCCCGCCGGGACCUUCUCCGAAGAGGAGUUGCAAGGAUUCCAGGCCGAAGGGUAUCCGGGGCUCUUUGGGCCUCAUUUCAACACUUCAGUGCCUGCGGUGUCGGUGUCCGGGCGCGAGCUCAAGAAGAUCAUCCCUUGCUUGUUCAUCGACGUGGCGGCAGAGGGCAUCGGGCGGCUUCAAGUGGAUCCCUUCCCCGACCUCGAGCUCAAAGUGUUUGGCACCCAAAGGCUGCAAAGUGUGUGGCCACAUCGAGUCCGGGUCUUGGAGGCCCUCUCCAGCUUUCUGGACGGGAACGUUGCGGACCUUCCCGACCGCUUGGACGCCUACUUCACCUGCGAGACCGAGGGCGAGGCUUUUCCUUUAGUGGCUCCAGCAGCGGCAGAGGUGGUCCAGAACGAUGUGUUGCAGCAGCUUCUGAUGCAUGCCACCACUCAGCCCGAAGCUUUGGCAGGCCUCAACGCUCGACUUCAGUCUUUGGAGAAGCCCGCUGCCCCCGCCCCAGCGGCAGCCGCCGCUCCGGCGGGCGGUGGUUUCCUUCAGUGGGCGCCUCAACUGUUCAACGAGGGGGCGCAAGCUCAGCUUCAGCAGGAUCAGGUUCAGCGGCUGCUCCACUUAGCGGGGAAGCGGCCCAACUCUACUUGGGCGCGGCGCCCAAGGUGGCUCCUGCUCCGGACGAGGACGCCGAGGAGGCCGUCGACGACGAGGUUGCCGAGGGCGAGGGCGGUGCUCUUCCCAGCAGACAAAGCUCCUGGCGGCUCUGGUGGCCAGCUCAACCAAGAAAGCUUCGGAUCCCUCUCCAUCCUCGGAGGCUCUUCGGCAGACGAGGAGACCAAGGUGCCCGGGAUUCGAGGCAUGGCUGCCCGGCAGCUGCUCAAGGACCAGAUCCAGAAGGACCCGCUGAAAGUUUACCACAAGGUGUGCGAGAGGCUAGCUCAGGCCAGACGGAAGAGCAGCACCUCGGCCUUGGAGCCGAGGGACAUGUUCUACCAUUUUCAGGAUGUGGUGCCCCUCGGCCAUUACAAGACCCUCACCUACUUCGCGUUCCUCCUUUGCGACGCCUGGGAGGCCAUGGAGCAGGGGAGAUCCGAGGAGGUCAUGAGCUUGAUAUGCCUGGGCUUGGUCUUUGCAGCCGGUACCGCCGGGAAACACGAGCACCACGACACCGCCUGGACCCGGGAGCCGAAGGGAGGCCGUGGAGGAAAACGCGGCCAGAAGGGGACCAAGCUCGGUGGCCGGCGCUUGGCGCGAUGGCAUCGCAGGCACUUCAUCAGGCACGUUACUCGCCACAUCGUUGCAGCGAAUAACUGGUUGGUGUUGGGCAAACCUGCGUCGCCACCCGCAGCCUUGCCGCCUUUGAGCUCUUCCCAACAUGCUAUGCUUGGCAGGUUGGAGGCAAUGGCCUCUACAUGGAUCCGCUUGGGGUCCGGCCCCAAACGCGGUCUGGAUCGGUCCGUUCAGAAGUUCGACAGUGUUCUCUUGCAACUCGAAGAAUUGCAGCGUAUGAGCACCAAAUUAUUCUCUCAGAUGCAGCCUUAUUCGAAGCCCGGCCGAGGUGGUACAGCAGCUGCCGCCUGUGAGCCGGAGACCGCUUUUUCUACCAACGUGACAAAGGCCAAGCUCGCAACAGUCAGUAAGCCCGUCGACCCUUCCCGGCUCUCCUUUGAAGAGGCCCCUAGGUUCCAGGCCGAGAAGUUCCUCGUGGACCCUUUGUUGCGAGCUGGUUUUAAAGACCCUCGGGUUUUCCGUCGGCAUGCAAGCGAGUGGCCUCGACCGAAGGUUGCCCGGGUACAAGCUCCCUUAGACAAGCAGCUUCAACUUUACAAGAAAUGGGAUGAUGUCGAGUGCUUACAUUUGGUUCCGGCCUCUUCUUCGGAGUAUCGCUAUCGUUGUGGCUUGUUCAGCGUCUAUAAGAGCGACACCCUUGACAGGCAGCCUUUGGAGACUUUGUAUUGUACUGAUGCAUCUCCAUUUGCAGCAGGAGUUUGUGCCGCCGAGAUUACGGCAUCGGGGUUCUUGUUCGACCUGCUUGAGGUGUUCCGUGGGAAGGGCUUUGACAUUGCGGAUGGUCCCCACGGAGACAUCAUGCAGCAGCAGACCAUGCAGCACAUUGUCGGAUUGAUAGCCCGGCAGCUGAAUCAUAUCAACGUGAACGAGGAACUCAGCUACCGCAGCCUUGUGAAGCUCUUAGCUAAAACACAAGCUCAGAGUGGCGGUUUGUUUCCAGCUUUGUUUCAUAUUGGCACGCAUGACAAUGUUGCUGAUGAUCCUUCACGCUUGAAAGCUUUGCGAAAGCUCGGCGGUACCCGGCCGCUCUGGCUGGAAAGGCGCCGCCAGGACUUUCUGGUUGCCCGAUCUGAGAUUAAUCUGGAUGCCACUGGGGGCCUUAGCACUUUUGUGGCCCAGCGCCGUGACAAGCUCUUUUCAGACUUCAGCGUUUGGGCCGAAGGGCAGUUGGAGUGUACUUUUUGCCAGCUUUGUGGUUCGGGGCUCCUGCUUAGCACUGCUUUGGUUGCGUACGGCAAGCACCUCUUCUACUCGGGGUCCCCAAAGUACAUCUUUUCUGAGACAAUCAACAGUUGCACUGAUCGCUUCAAGCACUUCCGCAGCUUCUUCGCGAGUGCAUGGGGUGUGCUGUCCCGCUGGGAGGAAGAGGAACCGCAGGAGCGCUCCAUGAUUAUACCAGAGGCCGUGUACAAGGCUGCAAUUUCAGUGGCUCUGCUUUGGGGAUGGCCCUUCUUCGUUGCCGCUUUACUUCUGGGUUUUCACGGGUUGCUUCGCCCAGGCGAGUUUCUCAAGCUUCGGAGGAGGGAUCUCAUUCUUCCUUCUGAUCUCCUCACCAGCACGCCCAUAGCGUAUGUCCGCAUUUUGGGCGCCAAAACAAAGCGGUUUCUGCAGCGCCAGCAUGCCAAGAUCUCCGACGUCCUCGCUGUUCAGUUUCUUUCAGCCUUGUACGGGGCAGUGCCGCUUUCUGAGCCUCUGUUCAGCUGUUCACCUAACGUUUGUCGACGGCGCUGGGAUUGUCUGUUUCAACACCUCGGCGUUCCUACUGGUGACAACGACCGCGGCAUUACUCCCAAGUGCCUUAGGGGUUCAGGCGCCACUUGGCUUUAUCAGAUGACUGAGGAUAUCGGACGGAUUCAAUGGCGUGGCAGAUGGCAGCAGCGGCGCACCCUGGAGCACUACCUUCAGGACGUGGCAGGGCAGCUCUUGCUGACCGACCUGACAGAGAGUCAGCGUUCAGCUGUGCUUGAGCUGGCGCCGUUCGCGACUUCGCUUCUGAGUCUUUUCGUGUCGAACUUUUCUCGGGCCUAG